AUGCCGACCCUCGCCAUGGAGCGUGCCGGCCAGGCCGAUGUGCACCUCCUUCAGGGCUGUUAUACUAAAGCUGAACGCGCUGAUAUAGUGGCCAUUCGUCUCGAGGGCCUUCGCCUUGCUUUGCCCGAGAAUUUUCACCCACAUAUGAUAGCAGUCAUUGAAGAAACUCGUGGUUGUGCCCGCAUACUGCGAGAUCUUGCUGACCGCGGCCACGUCCAUAUUCUCCGCGUGCCUAUGACGCUCAACUACCUCAACCUCGUCCUGCCAUGCUUGUCCCGCACACUCAGAGAUAUGACCAUGUACUACGAGGAUAAGACUGUUCGCAAGGAAAUUCGGUGGCGCAGGAUGUACAAUAAAAUGAAGGACGAGGUGGAAGGACUGCCCCUACCUCAACGAUUCGUGGUGUACAAUCAUUUCCUUACCAUGGUCCGGCGGCUUUUGACUCAGUCGAAAAACUUUGACUUCGAUGCGCUCGACGCGCUCAGUGGCCGAAUCAUGAGGUUUCGAGAACUCCGCGGCAUAUUGCCACCUGCAAACCAGGCAGGCCCUGUCGUCCGUCGAGAAGUUAUGGCCCUGACUAUACCAGUGGCCCAAGAACCGAAUGGCCACUGGGCCGAGCAGAUCUUUUCCAUCCCCCUUUCGUCUCAAAUGAUCCUGUUCCAUUGCACGUUCAUGUCGCUGAAGGCCUGGAACACCUUAACUAUCCAGAUCAGCCCCAAGGAAUACAAGCUGUCAAGCGAACGCCGGCUUUUCCAGGCCCAGAUAAUCGACGACGGCUUUAGGCACUCCUUGAUUGUAUAUGAGGAUGCCGAAACUAAGGGGAUCCGUCUUCAUGCCGCUGUUUGGGAAGGCGAGCUUUGCCGCUGCCCCGUGUGGACGGCUUUCGUGACCCAUCAGUCAUCCUCCCUCACAUGGCUCCACCGCAAGUCCGCCCACCGCCUCUGGCUCCGUGAUAUCCACAUCUACGUCUUCUGCUCCCGCUACCGGUCCCAUAACCAACGACCCGGCCCCGCCGGCGCCUUUGAGCUCUUUUUCGUCGAGACUACGGCCGCUGCGCACUUCCGCGACUUGUUCAACCCUCUGAGGCCGCCUGCCGUCACGGCGGCACCCUCGUCGUACAAGGCGACUGUCGAGGAAGGAGACGAUAGCUGUUGA